UACAGGAAACAGGGAGAGAACAUCCAUAUCGGAGUCUAAAGACUUUGACCUCAUACCUCACAGAGAGAAGCGGUGACUACAAUGCUGCUGAAGAGUUUUUGUCUCUCCAAGGUUCACAAGAAGGAUAGUAAAGUCUUUGGACUCAUUAUCAGCCUACUUCUUCUGAUGCACACCACUGAAGGUCAGUCAGAGGAGACAGAUUUGUCUCACACAAUUAAAGCAAUGACUUGUGACGAUGUGGUUUUGCCAUGUCAUGUGUCACCUCCUGGAGACCAUUCUCUGGCGUCAGUGGAGUGGGGGAGACCAGACCUGAUGCCAAGAUUUGUGUAUGUUUGGUACAACCAGAAAGAAUAUUUAUCCGACCAAAACACAGCCUACAGGGGAAGAACGUCACUGUUUCACGACAAACUGAAGGACGGAGAUGUUUCGCUGAAACUCUCUAAUGUGAGACACUCUGACAAUGGAAAAUACAGAUGCUACAGUCCAAGAGAUGAAACUGAAUACUUUGUUAAGCUCCUUGUUGGUUCAGUGUCACCACCUGGAUUCAGUUUAGGAGGACUUGAUAAAAGCAGCGGUGGAGUGAUGCUGGACUGCAGCUCUGCAGGCUGGUUUCCAGAACCGGAAAUCUUCUGGUUGGACGGGGAGGGAAGUAUCAUGUCUGCUGGAGCUGCAGAGAAAACCAGAAGUCCUGAUGGUCUCUACACUGUCAGCAGCAGAGUGACUGUGGAGAAGAGACACAACAACAACAUUACCUGCAGAGUCCAGCAGAAGGACAUCAACCAGACCAGGGAGACACAUUUUUAUGUUCCAGAUGAUUUCUUCAUGGCCCAGUCUGGCUGCUCUGUUCACGUCACCUUCAUUGUAAUUUUUGUAAUUAUGCUUAUUUUUGGAUUCUUCCUUUUUAUCUGGAUAAAGAAACAAAAUAAAAACAAGAUGAAGAAGCUCGAGGAAAAAGUGAAUGAAGAGCAGCAGCAGCUCAUGAAAGAAGAGAAACAGAACUUGGCUGAGAAGAAGUCAAACCAGCAGCUCAUGAAUUUGGCUGGGAAAAAGUUAAACCUUGAGGAGGAGAUAAAAAAGAGAAAUGAGGAUCAGAGAAGCAUUGAUCAGGAGAUUGAAGUAUUAAUGAAGAUGUCAGAGGAACUGAAGGAGCAGAAAAAACAUCUCACUGAUCAAAGAGAGGAGGCAGAGAAAAUGGCUGAAGAGAAUGACAAGAAGCUCAAGGCAGUUGUUGAGGAAGUAGAAAAGCAGAAGGAGUACAAGACAGAAAAGAAAGCACAAGGAUACUUAAAACUAAAACAAAUCAUGACAGAGAGCAAUGAGACACUGGAAAAGAGAAAGAAAAGUCAUCAAAAAAUGGAACUGAUGACAGAGAAACUAAUGAGUAGAACUUCUGAUGAGGUCACCAAGCUGAAGGAGAGAAAACAGGAACUAGAGAAACAUGUAGAGGAAUUACAAAAACAGCUGAAAGAAGUGGAGACACAGAUGUGA